CAUGUGCAAAAAAAUGUUGUCACAGUUGCGUUUCUAAAAUUCUCCAAGAUCUUCAAUAACUUACCUGCAGUACUUUCGUCGUUCUGGGCCUUUUACUGGAGUUUUUCCUCUAGGGGAAGCUUCACUUCUUUGUGUGUUCUUUGUGAAUUCUUCAGUACUUCAAACAGUUCACCGAAUUCGCGGUGAAUUCACCCCCAAAUCCACCCCAUAGCGCUGUUAGUCGACAAACUGGGUGCCGACCCAUCCCAACGGGGUCCAUUUUUCCUCGAGGAUUCCCAGCCCUCGAUCAGCUGCACCAAAAGGAAAGCAUAAAAGUGGCUGAUCCUGCCUGACAAUGUGACUUCCCACAAAUUUGGAAAAAAAUCCUUCGAACGUUGGAAGCUAGCGAUUGUUAAUUUCUACCGAUCAUAACCUGCAAUUAAGUGACAGAUGUUGAUGACUGUUGUUUAUCCUCCUGGAUUCCAUGUAAAAUGUCUUUGGAACUGCCUUGAGCCUUGAGGAUGCAGCCCAGUGACGUGUUAGCAUCGAUAUUCGGUGCUGGAGUCCUCUCCGAGUCCUUUUCGAGAUCGGCUCUCCCCUCGGCCUCCGACUUCAUAAAAUCCGCCCUUGCAACCGUCGCCCCCGACGACCCCCCCGAGGACGCCCGGCCGGGCCGUCUGGGUCCAAAACUCGUCUGUUUCGACGUAUCAACCCACCAUGGCCUAGUAAUAGUAACCCCAGAUCGUCUAAGCGUCAACUCUCAGAGUAACUUCAGCACCCUCCGCGCAAACACUGGCUUCUACUCCGGUAAAUGGAUGUACGAACUCCAACUGGGCUCCAAAGGGGUCAUGCAAAUAGGCUGGGGCACAGCGCAAUGUAAAUUCAGUCAAGAGAGUGGAGUUGGUGACACCAUCAACUCCUACUCAUACGACGGUAACCGGGUCCGCAAGUGGAACGUCUCCACUUACAAAUACGGUGAGCCUUGGUUAUCAGGAGACAUAAUUGGUUGUGCGAUUGACCUGGACAACGGCAAGAUCGACUUCCACAGGAAUGGAAGAUCCCUGGGCACAGCCUUCGAUGGUAUAACCACAGGAAGUGGAAUCGCGUAUUUUCCAACAGUUUCUCUAGCUUUCACUGAGAAUCUCACAGCUAAUUUUGGGUCCACUCCCUUUAGGUACCCCAUCAGCGGGUACCAGACCCUCCAGGCGUCACCGUUGGCUCAAUUAAAACGAGCCCACCUGAUAUUCUCCUGGUUCGAACGUCUAAUUGACCAAAUAAUUCUCGAUAGAAGGGAGAGCAGAACCUCCGGUAGUGACUCAAUGCCCCUGAGGACGCACCUCAUGUGCAUCUCCAGGUCCAUUCUCCAUCAUUUAGCACCUCUGCUAUCAGUUCCUUACAUCGUCGAAGCUAUUUUCCUUCCCUUCAUCCAAGCCCUAGCCCAGGAACUCCCAGAUAAAUUGAUUCUUUGUAUGGAUCUACUCUGGACAUUCCUCGAGAAGCAUGAAAUCAAAGCUUGUCUCGAGAACAGUGUUAUCUAUCUUCUCUCGGCCUUCCGCCACGUGUCACUGAGGCUAGAUUACCCUGAUCAAUGCAGAAGUCUUCGUCUCCUGACGAACCUCUGUCGUCAUACAAAGACAAGACAAUAUCUCCUGCAGAACGUCUUAUUCGAUCGCGUUCGCUUUGCCAAUUUCAUCCACGUGAAACCUCUAGAUGAAGGUGGACUUGUCGACAUAAUCCAGAAGACCUGGUGGGAGACAAGUCCCCCGGAUCACUCAGUCGAGAUCAAUAAGCAGAGCUACAGUGACGCAUGUGAGAGAAUAAAAUCAGCAAUCGCUGAGGUCGAAGCCCUUCAGGUCGACCUGUUAAUUACUUUCCUCGAUAACAGCGAUGGCACACCCACGACAUCAUCCUCAAGAACAAUUUUUCUGAAGAAGUUCAGGCGAUUCGUACAAGAGAACUUGAUAUCGAGCAGAACUCCUCUCCAGAUCACAGUCUGCUGCUUCCAUCGGCUUCUAGUGGCUUUCAGAAUUCUCUGGGAGAGGGAAGUCGGGACUUCCCCGAUUUUUGUGCCCUGCAGGGUCUUCUAUGACUCGUCAAUCAACUAUUCCGACAUGGAUAGACUCGGUGGAGUGCUGUCUUACCUCAACAAAACAUAUAAGAAUGAGUUGAUUCAUCACCUGGGGCCGGAUCACGAGGUAAUUCUGUCGAUGGAGCAGACCCAGGAGGUGAAUAACUUCAUGGGAGGACCUGGGAGAAUGGGGGAGAUGUCUGUGGUGAUUCCCACGACGACUCGAAUGCUCAAUAUCAACACAUCGACCGCUGGUGAAUCACCCAUCAUUCUGGGGUACCCUACCUUCGUCCGGGAGGAGAAGCCUCUUCAGGCUGGCUCAGCUGACGCUGCUAUCUCCCUUCUAGAACUCCUGGAGAACGUUAUAUUGUUCUAUCAUGCAGCUGCCAAGAAACAGAUCGCUAAAGUUGCCAAUCUACGUGACAGUAUGAACGAAUAUGUCUCAGCGAUGUCUGAUGUUAAAGCCAGACUCGAGAGCCUCAAGAAAUCGAAGGAUCCUGACACCUACGCCGUCCAGCAGGAGCUCCUCAGGACUAUAGGUGUCUUCAAUACAAAACUCUCCGAACAAGCCAGACACAUGGCGUGGGUCAGAGCAGCUGUGUAUUCUCCCGAAAAACAAUCCCAACUCGCUUGGCUCCUCAAGGUCGUUAUUUUAACUCUGAACAAGGCGAGUGUCGAAGGGAAUAUGUUCAGAUUUGUUCCGGAUUUUUACCUGGAGGCCCUGGCUGAUCUCAGUAUCGGUCUCAAGAAUCAUCUUCAUCCAACAGCGCCUAUUGAGAACAUCAGGGGCUACGAGACAAUGCUCCGGGAAAUUGCUCAGUUUCUCUGCGAUCAUUUCUUGGAUUCUCGAAUUGUCCACGCAAUUGCCAAAGACACUCUCAUUCUCACUCUGGCUGGGUUUACCUCUAACUCCCUCACGUUGAAGGCACUCGAGGAGAUACCGAAGGAGUCGCGAAUAAAAUUCGUGACAAAUGUCCUCAGACCUUAUGAAAAUCGUGCCUGGGCGCAGUCCAACUGGGUCCUCGUGAGAUUUUGGCAGGGGCAUGGGUUUGCUUUUAGGUACGAGAAGAGUCCACAUCUUGCUAGAAAAAUUGGACCAAAGAUGUUGCAACAGGAGUCCAUCUCGCAGCCAAUCAAACCGUGUCCUUCGGUCAUGUAUCAGAUGCAUGUCAGGGAUAUUCUUCUUGAAAACACCAAAGCAACCACUCAAUUUCUUAAUUCUCUGUUGAAUCAGAUGAACUGGGCAUUCUCGGAGUUUAUAAGUAUGGUCCAGGAGAUUCACAAUGUCUCGUCGAGACCGGAAAGAGUAUUUAUCGAGUCUAGACAGCUCAAGAUCUGUGCAACCUGCUUUGAUCUUGCUAUUUCUCUGCUGAGGGUCAUUGAGAUGAUAGCGACAGUUGCUCCCACCAUAUUCAGUGAUAAUUCACAGACUGCUAGUGAGAACCUCCUCGCCAGAUUGUGUCAACUACUCUGUCAGAUAUUGAAUAGGGUCAGUUCGCAGACCAGCUGCUUCCAGCACGUGGUUUUACUGGACAUUCCGGAUUUGGAGACCAUCGAUCAUUUUCCCAUUUUGGCUGCUGUCACGGGCAUUCUCCUGGCAUUGCUGAAGGACGAUAUGAAGAGGGCUGGGGAGUCCAAUGACAUUCCGAGGGUCACCAAGGCUUUGCUGACGGAACCCAGCUUUCAGAUGACCUCGUUGCAUUUUGUGCUUGGUGAGGACGUACCUAAGAGUGGAAAAUUGGACAAACCCGUCAAGACAUUUUCGUUGAGCUCCUACAGGAACGAUGUGACGUCCGAGGAAAUUGAACGGGUGAAGAGAAUGCUGAAGUAUCUUGAGUCCAAGAGGGUAUUGCUACCGGACAAUCGUUUGGUCAGCGAUGACGAUGACACCUGUAUUAUUUGCUAUGCUUAUCCAAACGGAGCUACAUUCAAACCUUGUAAUCAUAAGUCUUGCAGAGUCUGCAUCGAUCGACAUCUGCUGAACAGCCGCGAGUGCUUUUUUUGCAAGACCACAAUAACCCAAGUCUAUGAUUUGGAUCAAACAUUGAUUCAUGAUUUUAGUUCUAGUCUCGUGAGAUCGUCAUCGAACUCCUCAUGAUACCAAAGGAUAGGGAGACUGAUAAAUGAAAGACGGAAGAAUACGUGAAUUAUGACUUAUUGAAGUAUAAAAAGUUUAAAUUUAUUGUUGAUUUUGAGAAUAUCCAGCAAAAUAUGUGAUGAAUAAAAUUGUUUUUUUGAGUA